AUGACUAACGGUGACGCCAUUGCAUACAACGUAGCAACGUUCGUGAGUACUUUGUUCCUCCUCGAAUUCGGCGCGGAUAAGUUCGUCGACCAUACCACCAUUGUCGCACGACGCACCAGAAUCCCCGGCACGAUAAUCGCGCUUCUUACCGCCGGCGCAGAAUGGGAAGAGCUCGUCGUCGUUAUCUCCUCUCUUGCCCAAGGGCGGUCCUCACUGGCAGUUGGCAAUAUUAUCGGGUCCGCCAUCUCGAAUAUCCUAGGUGCCUUCUCACUUGGCCUCCUAUUCGGCGAGAGGGGGAGGCCAGCUGAGUUCGAUAGGAGCUCUCGAAUAUACUCUCUCAUCUUAUUGGUUAUCACCAGCUUUGUUACGCCCGUCACAUAUUUUCACUACAGGACGAUCUGGCUGGCAUGUGGUGCCAUUUUGAUAGCCGCUUUCACUGCCUAUGUCAUUUCGAUAAGCUGGGCCAUCAGCAAGGGCAGCCUUAUUGCUCCGGAAGACUCGGAUGACGACAGCAGUGAUGAUGACAGCAACACGGACUCGGCCAGGACAUCCAUCGAUGAAGAAGGGUCAGAGAGUCGGGAGACUGAUGCGCUGCUAAACCAUGAGGGUAACUUAGCGAUAGGACCUCAGUCACAGCGGCACAGCCACCACCGGCGUAGUUUGGUAUACCAUAUUUUCUACUUAGUCCUUGGCUUUUUAUCCAUCUGCCUAGCUGGCUAUGUCUUGGCCCACGCCGCGACAAACAUUGCGGACGGUAUCGGCAUUUCUGACGUCCUGUUUGGCGUCAUUAUCCUCUCCAUUGCCACCACACUUCCCGAGAAAUUCGUAGCCGUUAUAAGCGGCCACCGGGGACAAAUCGGUAUUCUCGUGGCCAAUACCGUUGGAAGCAAUAUUUUUCUUCUCUCCCUCUGUAUGGGAAUUAUCAUGCUGGACACCUCUGGGGAAUUCGAUGGCCGCAAUGUCAACAUUACAGAACUUGCAGUGUUGUGGGGCUCAACUCUGGCUUUCACAUUGACUAUCUGGUUUGGUGGCAGACUGGACCGUUGGAUUGGAGGCGCAAUGCUGGCUGGCUAUGCUGCGUUCAUCGUGUUGGAGUUUACAGUCAUUCACAAUAUCACUGAUACACCGUAG